AUGACUAGAACUAAUACUGACCUCAAGCCUAUUCUUUGUCCUCGGAGAUGGUGGCUGUGGAAGAACUAUCAAUAUGUGCUGGCCUUUUACUUUGCUAUCCAGGAGAUCAAUAGGUACCACCACUUGCUCCCAAACAAGUCCUUGGGUUUCCAGUUGUACAAUGCCUUGGCCAGUGAACAGUAUACACUGUUGAAUGCUCUGUACUGGCUGACAGGGGACCUUAGCCUGACCCCCAACUACAGCUGCCAGACACGGAGUAAGUCAGUUGUUGUCCUUGCUGGAACAAGUGCAGUGCUCUCUGCUGGGAUUGGCACAAUUUUGGAAAUCUACAAAAUCCCACAGCUCACUUACGGUCCUUUUGAUCCCAUGUUGAAUGAUAAGAUGCAGUUCCCCUCACUCUAUCAGAUGGCCAACAGCGACAGCUCCCUCGUCCAUGCCAUGAUCUCCCUGCUGCUGCAUUUUGGCUGGACAUGGGUGGGACUCUUGGUGUCUAAUGACAUGAGAGGAGAGCAGUUCUAUCAGAACAUCCACACAGAGAUGGUCAAGAGAGGAGUCUGCUUGGCCUUUGCCUUCAAGCUCCGCCUCCGAGUGAUGGUUAACAUUGGAAGGUUUUCCUCUGGGAGUGGACAUGACCAAGGUCUAGUCAUCAGGGAAGUCAUGAUAGAAUGGCCUGUUGCAUUCAAGGAGACUCCAACAUCUGUGUGUAGCCAGAGCUGUGGGCCAGCAUUCAGGAAAAUGCCAGAGGAAGGAAUGGCUGUCUGCUGCUGCACCUGUGUUUCCUGUGCAGGGGAAGUUUCCAAUCAGACAGACAUGGAACAGUGCAUCCAGUGCCCAGAGCAGGAGUACCUAAACACGGAGAGAACUCAGUGCCUCCCCAAGCUGGUGACAUUCCUGGAGUUUGAGGAUACCCUGGGGAUGGCUCUGGCCUGCAUGGUUCUUUCCCUGGCUGUGGUCACAGCUGCAGUCUUGGGAAUCUUUGUGAAGUACCAAGACACACCCAUCAUCAAGGCCAAUAACCGCAACCUCACCUACAUUCUGCUCAUCUCACUCCUCCUCUGCUUCCUCUGCUCCUUCCUCUUCAUUGGCCAUCCCAACACAGCCACCUGCCUCCUAAGACAAAUCACAUUUGCCCUGGUGUUCACACUGGCUGUUUCUGCUGUGCUGGCCAAAACCAUCACUGUGGUUCUGGCCUUCAAGGCCAUGAAGCCUGGAAGGACCAUGAGGCGAUUGCUGGUGUCAGGAGCCUCAAACGCAGUCAUUCCCAUCUGCUUCCUCAUCCAACUGACUCUCUGUGCCAUCUGGCUGGCAACAUCUCCUCCCUUUGUGGACACAGAUGCACACUCUGAGCAUGGACACAUCAUCCUCUUGUGCAACGAGGGCUCCAUCACUGCCUUCUACUGUGUGCUGGGCUUCCUGGGCUCGUUGGCCCUGGGCACCUUCACUGUGGCUUUCCUUGCCAGGAAGCUGCCUGACACGUUCAAUGAAGCCAAGUUCCUGAUGUUCAGCAUGCUGGUGUUCUGCAGUGUGUGGGUGACCUUCCUGCCUGUGUACCAGAGCACCAAGGGGAAGGUCAUGGUGGCCGUGGAGGUCUUCUCCAUCUUGGCAUAUGGUGCUUGUCUCCUGGACUGCAUCUUUGUCCCCAAAUGUUACAUUCUCCUAUGGCCUGAAAAGAAAUCUCUGAAUGGAUUCAGGAAUACUCAUGUGGUUGCAACCCUCGUGAACUGUCCUGCUGACGGGACAAAUCACGUGUUGGAAAACCAUCGACUAUUAGUGGUUGUGAAUGACUCCAUUGUCCCUUAG